AUGCCAUUUGCACGGAUCAUGCCCUCAGCACUGUGGUUGGUGCUGCACCUCACAGCAGGAGCCUGCAGGAGGGGGGCAGUGAGCGCCGGCAGAGCCGCCCGUGGCACCACAGAGGUCUGUGCCAGGGGCACCGUGACUGCCAGCCCCUGCUGUGCCAUCCCCGGGGGCACCAACGUCACCCUGUCCUGCCAGCUGGCAGCCCCACGGGGCUGGGCUGCCAUUUUCCUCAACAGCUCCGAGCAAACCCGAGCCUGGGGGGGCUCAGUGAGCAAAACCUUCCUGGUCACUGCCCAGGGCAGGCACUACUUCACCUGCAAGUGCUUCUGUGGGGGCAGGACAACGCUCAUCUGUGGCAUCGACAUCCACUGUGGGAACCCUCCAGACGAGCCCAGGAACGUGUCCUGUAUCCAGAAGGGGACACAGGGACGUCCCACCUGCACCUGGCACAAGGGCAGGCUCACCUACCUCCCCACUGCCUAUGGCAUAGAGCUCUCCAACGGCACCGGUGCCUUUUCCUUUCCAGAAGAAGCUCCCGGUCAGGAGUUUGGCUCUGGGGCUCUGAGCAAGCUGGAUUUUGACUCCAAUUACACCGUGGUGGUUUCUGCCUCCAAUCCAUUGGGAAACGCCUCCUCCCAGCCGCUCACCUUCGCGCUGGUGGACAUAGUGAAGCCACACCCUCCCGACUUUUGGGUGGAAUUUGAUGAUUCCUCGGCCACCAGCUGCACCAUCGUGUGGCACCGCGAGGCACAGGCGCAGCACUGCAGGCUGAGGUACCGUCCCCUCGGCAGGCACGGCUGGAGCACGGUCGAGAGCUUCGGCAGGGAGAAAUUUCAUCUGCAGGGGCUGGAGCCCGACACAGCCCACGAGUUCCAGGUGAGCUGCAGGCUGCUCCCAGGCCGGGGGCUGUGGAGUGACUGGAGCAGCAGCCAGGGCAGCACCCCAGCAGCAGUGCCAACAGGGACUCUGGAUGUCUGGUACCGGCAGCAGGAGCUGGACUCAGGGCUCCAGAACCUCUCCCUUUUCUGGAAGGCUCUGAGCAGGUGGGAGGCAGGAGGGAGAAUCCUGAGCUACAGCGUGACCUUGGAAGCCCUGGAGCAGGGGCAGCUGCCGGCGCAGUCCCACCGCACCACCCAGACCAGCUUCUCCAGGGUCACCGCCCGGGCGGGGCACAGGGUGACGGUGACCGCGCACGGCCCGCGGGGCAGCUCCGCCCCUGCCACCAUCCUGACACACCUGGACAGCCCAGAUCUGCCCCCUCCCCAGCGGGUCUGUGCCGUGGGCCUGGGGAACAGCAGCAUCCUGGUGAGCUGGAGCCCCCCUGCUGGAGCCGCCCUGCCCCUCGGGGGGUACCUGGUGGAGUGGGCAGAGCCCUGGAGGGAGCCACGCCUGCAGCCCCAGCACAGCUGGGUCAGGCUGCCCCCGUCCCACCUGUCCACUGUGAUAGCAGAGCACAUCAGAGAUAACGUCUGCUAUCAGAUCCACGUGUCUGCACUUUAUCAGGACAGAGCUGGGCAGGCAGCAUCAGUCAGGGGAAACUCCACAGCUCAAGCGCCAUCAGCUGGGCCCCAGAUGUUCACCAGCCCCUGGGCCGGCGGCGUCCUGGUUUCCUGGGAGGAGAUCCCAGCCUCGCAGCAGAGGGGCUGCAUCACUGGGUACCACAUCUACCUGCGCAGGAAGGACGGGCAGGGCCAGCCCGAGGUCCAUGCCGUUCCCGCCGGGGCUCCUCGCUCCCUGCACCUCCCUCGCCUGGAGCCGGGCGAGCACCACGAGCUCUGGGUGACAGCGGCGACCGCGGCCGGGGAGGGGCCCCGGGGCAACAGCGACAGCGUCUGCCUGGACAGUGCUGGGGACUGGCUGACUCUGGUGCUCAUCUGCAGCUUCUUCAUCCUCUCAGCCUGCCUUUGUUCCGUGCCUCCAGCAAGGAGAGUGUUCCAGUGGCUCCUGUCCCUCCUCCUGCCGCAGUGGCAGAACAAAGCCAUUCCCGACCCUGCCAACGCCACCUGGGCCAAGAGUUUAGCGGCUGCCAAGGCGGAGCUGAGCGCUCCCUCCAGCCCCUUCCUGCCCGGCGGCGCCUUCGAGGAGCCCGAACCGAGCCCGGUGGAGGAGAGCCCGGCCCGGCCCGAGCCCCCCAAGGCCGGGGACACGGGGGAGGUGGGCAGCGCUGGCAGCAGCGGGCACGGCCAGAGCUCGGCGGAGCAGCAGCAGCUGCCGGAGCUCUACCAGCGGCUGCUGCUGGAGGCGAUGGAGCCCCCGGAGCCCGUGGCCGAGUACAUCUCCAACCCCGGCAGCCCGGGCCCGGAGCCGGCCCCCGAGCCCGAGCCCAGCCCCAUCCCCGCCUUCCCGAGCGCGUUCCUGCCUCCCGCCCUCUGCCGCCCAGGGAAGCUGACUUUGGAUCGAGUGAAACUCAGCGGCAGCUCCUGAGCGAGGGAGGCAGGGGGCGAUGUGAGCCCGGCAAGAAUUCUGGCACUUUACUGAGUAUUUCGAUGAGAGCCGGCAGGGAUUUUGGCACUUUA